GGGAAAACCAAAGUUUUGACAGGAACUAAAUUCCAAAAUGGGGAAGGUACAGGUAGCUAACUGGGAUAACCGACUCGCUCAGCGUUGGACUAAGCUCAUUGUUUACAUGUCGGCCAGGGAAGGGAUUUGAUGGUAGGCCUGCAAGCGUGGUGACCAGUGCCUGUUAUACAGGCAGUCGAGUAGGCCAGGAUGCCAGAGAUGACAGAGAACCAGACUCCUGGCCAUAAACCACGAAAGAAGAAAAACAAGGAAUCUCACAAUGCAGUUGAGAGACAGCGAAAAGAGAAGAUCAAUGCUGGAAUUAACCGUAUUGGGGACCUUCUACCAUGUUCCCAGGCACUUAAGCAGAGUAAGAACAUGAUCCUGGACCAGGCCUACCUUUACAUAAGUGAGCUGCAGAAACAAAAUGACGCCAUGCUUCUCGAAGGGGGAGAACGAGUACAAGUUGAGGAGAUCCGACGGCUGCGGCGUCAGCUGGACGAGCUGCGAAGGGAGAGCGGCCAUUACAUUGAGUUGCUCAAAGCCCACGACAUCAACUUCCUGGACGACCCCACCGUCCACUGGAAGGGAAAGCUGCGCUGUGCAAAGGUCGCCAAAGUAACGCCCACUCACCAGCUCCCCAAAGGAAUUAUUGUCUACUCCAAUGGGAAUGUGAUAUGUCCAGCAGGGAAGGAACCUAGUCCAGCUUCCGAUCUGGGGAAGCAACCAGUCGAGGCUGGGAAUGUUCAGUCGUCUUGUGACAUCACAGUAGGGGAUAGGGUAUUCGGGGCUCUUCAGCACGUCAGUGUCCCUUCCUCUGCCCCUCCGCUCCUCCCUAGGGCAACCCUAGCCCCUAUAGUGUCUACACCUGGCAUCAAGCUGGUGGAACAGUGUGUAGAAGAGGUACUUUUAGCCCCCAAACUACCCCCCUCUGUGUCCUACAUCACCCUCCAGGGUAUCUGCCCUCUCCCCACGGUCACUGCAGCCUUGCCCCAGCCUGCCACCCCAGCCCCUAGUCUCACCGUUGCAGCCAGUCUGGACACCCCACUCUCGCUCCAUCCUGUCCCCAGCUUUACAGCCCUUCCCCAGAUCAUAACCACCCAGAACGCUGCCAUCAGGACUAUGAGCUAUACGACUAUCAACAGCAGCCCAACCGUCCUCGGGGCCAGUGCAGCAGGGAGCACACAGACCACCUGGACUACCUUACAGCUGGCUGGGAACACAGUGCAACCUGUCUGCCAGUCACUCCCCACCCCAGAGACUAGCACCUCUGGGCAGCAGAGUAUCCAACAGAUUGUGGGCACUAAACUAUCAGUUCAACCCAUUCAUAUUCAAAUGAAGCCACAGGUACCCACACAGCCCCAGACACCCAUCACUGCCCAUAUCCAAGCCCAGCCUUCUAUCCAGAGGAAACCCCAGCUACGGCCAGCUAUCCUGGCCCAGCACCAGGCCCAGCACCAGGCCCAGCACCAGGCCCAGCCAGUCGUGGCUUCCCAGCCACAGUGUACUGUCCUUCCUCAGUCAGCCAUAAUGCCCCAGCCUGCUGUGGUAGCCCACUCAACUAUGAUGUCACAACCUCAACCUGCUGUACAACAACAGGUAACAGUCCCCUCCCAUCCUAAGACUGUCCUCAUGACUCAACCCCAACCAGCUAUGGUUCCUCAGGUCCAGGCUCAAGCCCACCCCCAGGCAGAUGUUAGGCCCCUCCUCCAGACCAUGCAGGUAUUGCAAAUGAACCCUACUGGGACAGCAGUUGCUGGGGUAACGACUCCCCAGAACACUAACAACCCGAGUGUUGUCAUCCUACAGCAGGCCAAUCCCUGCUCAGCCCAGUCGGUUGUCAGGGACGACUUAACCAAUCAGACGCCUUGUCAGCACAUCGUCAUCAUCCAGGCCUCCAAUCAGCCUCCACCUGCACCUCCUCAGAACCCUCAGGUUGGCAUGGUGCCUGCGGCAGCACCCAAUCAGAUUGUCGCUACCAGCUCCACAACUUCCACCACUGGACAACAGAUCGUUGGGGGUAAACAGUUGGUUCACAUUCUACCACGUCCCGUCCCUCAAACCCAGACACCCCAAGCCCCCCCGGUUCCCCCGAACCCUCAGACCAUCACUGUGAACGGGCAGGUGUUUGCCCUGCAGCCCAUGAAGACCUCAAAGUCAGGCUGUAAGGGUGGCCAGAGCAGUCUCCAGCUGAUCCAGCCCAGCACCGCUGAGGAGCCCAGCACCGCUGAGGAGCCCACCACCAACAUGGCUCUGCACACCCUGGAAGCCCUCAGCAGUCUCAACCAGAGCUUCUCACAGGGCAUGCAGUCGUGCAUCUCCACCCAGAGUAACGUCCAGCGAACCCUAGCCUCACCAUCCUACUCUAUAGUGCCACAGCAGAAGUUAUCUUCUGUCCCCAUUUUAGCAGCUCCACACAGUUCCCCCGUCAGGCAGAUCCAGAUCCCCAGUGUGACUCCACACAGACCAGGGCUGGCGAUGGGUACAGGGAAGGCCUUGUGGAGACAGCCUGGCACAGCCUCAGUGCCCAGACCUAAGAGGGCCACCACCAAGGGGACCAAGUUAGUGAGGAAGAAGGAGCCCAAACAGGGACGGCCUGUCACCAUCGCAGCGAAGCCAGUGGCUUUAACAGGGGACCAUCUGGAACGAGAGGUCACUGUGCCUCAGGGAAUCCCAUCCUCUGUUGCUGUGACAGUUCAGCCAAAGCCACUCCCUGUCAGCACUACAGCUAACACACCCACCGUUAGUAUUAGUGAGGCUUCAGCACAGACCAGACCUGUUGAGCUUAGUAUCAACUCUACACUGUCCUCUCCUGAAGGUAAUAGUGUGACUACUAGUUCAUAUAGUGGACCAACUGUCUCCAGUGAAUGCACCACACAGAGUAAAACCUCUGUGACAAGUGUCACUCCGUGUACUGCAGCAGUUAGUAGUGGUAGUAGUAUUAUUAUUAGCUCCACACAGAGUGAACUCAUUAUCACUAGUGUUGUGAGUCUAGCUACUGUCACUUCUGCAGCAGAUAAGCCUACAGUCACUUCAACUGUUUCUUCUCAGAGUCAACAACCUGUGGUCGCCGUUAGUGACAUCUCCACUCACCUCAGACCUACAGCCAGUUCAACUGUUUCUUCUCAGAGUCAACAACCUGCGGUCGCCGUUAGUGACAUCUCCACUCACCUCAGACCUACAGCCAGUUCAACUGUUUCUUCUCAGAGUCAACAACCUGCGGUCGCCGUUAGUGACAUCUCCACUCACCUCAGACCUACAGCCAGUUCAACUGUUUCUUCUCAGAGUCAACAACCUGUGGUCACCGUUAGUGACAUCUCCACUCACCUCAGACCUACAGCCAGUUCAACUGUUUCUUCUCAGAGUCAACAACCUGUGGUCACCGUUAGUGACAUCUCCACUCACCUCAGACCUACAGCCAGUUCAACUGUUUCUUCUCAGAGUCAACAACCUGUGGUCACCGUUAGUGACAUCUCCACUCACCUCAGACCUACAGCCAGUUCAACUGUUUCUUCUCAGAGUCAACAACCUGCGGUCGCCGUUAGUGACAUCUCCACUCACCUCAGACCUACAGCCAGUUCAACUGUUUCUUCUCAGAGUCAACAACCUGUGGUCGCCGUUAGUGACAGCUCCACUCACCUCAGACCUACAGCCAGUUCAACUGUUUCUUCUCAGAGUCAACAACCUGUGGUCGCCGUUAGUGACAGCUCCACUCACCUCAGACCUACAGCCAGUUCAACUGUUUCUUCUCAGAGUCAGCAACCUGUGGUCGCCGUUAGUGACAUCGCCACUCACCUCAGACCUACAGUCACACAGAACAGACAGCCGGUCACUACUACUAUCAGCACUGUGCAAACUAGAUCAGCUAGCACUAAUGGCAGUUCUAGACAGAGCAGAUCUAUGGUGACCGGUGCCUGUUCCACGGUGACCAGAUCUAGGUCUACGGGUGUGAUGUCUUCAGUAGCAUGUCAACCCUCAGUCAGCACUGUAAACUCAAUAGGAAGUAGACCAGUGGUGUCUCUCCAGUCUGCUCAGCUCACUUCGUCAUCACAGGGUCAGACCAAGCCAGCCAACAGCCAGGAGUCUCAGCCUACAACCCAGACACAGUCCCAGCCCAUGGCUUCUCCUUCGGGCCCCUCCACUCCAACCCCCUGCUCCGGUGCCCUGUCUUUUGCCUCACCCUCUGUAACAGUCCCCAUGACCAUGCCAUCAGAAUACAGGAAAUGGGUCCCCUAUAACAGACCCUCGACCCAGCAAAUGACCAUGCCCACUUCCACACCAUCCCAUCCUGCUGAGCUGAAAGUGACAGCGGUGUCAGGCAGGGAGAAGGAACCUCAGGGAGAGGGCCACCCCAGCGCAGCGAUGGAGAAAGCGAGCGUGAGGAGUGAUGCUGCUUCCUCUAGAAUGGACUACACUCUCCCACAGCAGGUGUACGCGCUAGACCACGAACCCAUGGCUCAGCCUCCGGCUCCUAACAGACAGACUGACUCGCUCAUGUCUGGUGGCGCAGGUGGUGGAAGGAGCUUCUCUGUGGCGUCUAUGCUUCCCACAGGCCACAGUGUCAGUUCCUCGCCAGGUCAUUUUGGACCGUUCACUUUUGCCAGCGAGCAGGCUGAUAUCCUGGCUAUGUUGGAGCAGGACAGUCCCGGGAGGAGGGUGGGGGGCUGCACCGUGGACAACUCCACUUCAACAAACACCCCAACACCUGCAUGGGAACCCAACUCCAAGUCCCAGCAAGCCUCCAACAGCAAAGAGAGGGGUGCUGGACAACAGACAAAGCUCACCAAACAGAUGGAGACUCCAGUGGCUAAACAGGUGUCUGUUAGGGGCCAGGCUGGAGAUCAGACAUCCGCAGUCAGACAUCCACAGAACAUCUCCUUCUCCCAGUCCCACUCUCACCCCCAGAGCCAGGCCCAGUCUGGUACUUCCGGCACCCUCAGCGUCAACAACCUGAUCCGGCCCAGCUCCAGCCAGCAGCAGGCCUACCCAGGCUCCCUCAGUCUGGCUGGGCAGCUGGGCUCAGUCCCAUCCCCUGCAGGGAACUCAGCCCAUGUUUCCCAAAACUCCACCCCUGUCCUUCCUCCCUUCUCAGGCUCAGUCCAGCUGAACGAGUACGCCCCCCUGAUGAGGCCCCAGGUGGGGGUGGGUGAGCCGCGAUACAUCAAGGACUUGUCCAAGCGGCCAGCCCAGGAUGAUGUGAUACUGUCCAGCAGUAACAAGCGACAGAAGACCUGCUCGUCGGCCUCUAACGUGGGCCGCAUGGAGGUCAAACCCCUGGACCACAGCCAGAUGAUGGUACCCCAGCUACCCCCUACCACCUCAUCCAUCAUGACCAGGAUCAACCCAGACGGAGUGGGUACCCUGUUCUCUGGCAACACCUUCAUGAAUACAAUGCUCCGACCCACCGAGAGCCACUGCACCCCCCAGCUGCACACACAGGAACACAACCAACCAGGUGUGCUCCACCUGCCCCAUGGCCACCCCCAGCAUGGUGCACCCCAGCCAGGCCAACACCUCGGGGGGAACCCCUACCUGAAGCAGCAGCAGCAGCAACAACAGGAGCACCAGAGGCACCACCUGUACCAGCUCCAGCACCACCUGAUCCAGCCUGACCCUGCACAGCUCCACAGCCUCCACCAGAGGGCGCUGCAGCAGGUCCAGAAGAAGCGGGGGCUGGUUGGAGGGGGUCAGAAACAACACCACCAGGAGAAGGGAGGAGUUCAGCAGCACCAGCAUCAACAGUCACAACAAUCACAUCAACAACAACCUCAAACACACCAGCAGCACCAGCAACAGUCGCAGCAACAGUCACAACAACAGCACCAACAGCAAACACAACAACAGCACCAACCACAAGCCCUGUCACAGCAGCAACAUCUACAACAACACCCUCAACAGCAGCAGCAGAGCUCCCACUCCAGACACCAGCACCUCCAGCAGCAACAGAUCCAGCAGCAGCACUUUGGGUCGCGGCACCAGGAGAAGAGCUGUGAGGCCCAGCCAGGACCAGCGGGACCUAGAGGUCACCACAGCAGCCACCUGGCCCAGGAACACCUCAAGUCUGAUCAGGACCACAGCACCAUGCAGAGGCUGAUGAGCUCUAGAAACCUGGAGCAGCACCUGACCUCCCAGCCCAGCAACCCUGCCUCCCAGCCCUCCGACCUGGGCUGUGCCCCCCCGCGCCAGGAUCACCACCGGGUCUCCAGCUACUCUGCAGAGGCCCUCAUUGGGAAGGGCUCGUCUAGUGAUGAGCAGCAGCGCAUGGUGCUCCAUCUGCAGGCCACCCGCGGUACUACACAGGAACAGCCAGACCUACGGGGAUACCUGGACACACCCAGAGUGAAGGGCAACGUCACACACAACCCUCAGAGCCGGCUGCCCCCAGACCACCCAGGUUCUGCAGACGUCCAGAGGGUCUCUGAGUGUCCUCCGUUUAAAACAAUGGCCGGUGCUGAAGGGGGGCAUCAGCUGGGGGGCUUUGAGGACACGACACCUAAAUCAGGUCCCUCCUCUCAGAGAGGCCAGCAGGGGGGUUUCAGGAUGAACCCGGGGCCUCUAGGGGAUGGGCGAACCCGUGGGGGGUACAGUGGACCCCAUCCUGGGACGCAGGGGGUGCAGAUUGGUGCUCCAGGUCUUACCCGGGACCAGGAAGGGUGUCAUCAAAGUUUUAUGCAGAGUCUCCUGGAGCAGAACGACCACCAGAGGGCAGUCCAGUGCUGUCCUCCGGUCAGUAUGGAGUACAGCUGUGUUUCUGGCAACUUGGCAGGGGACAUGCAGGCUAAAGCAUCCAGCCCCAGUGUUCCUCCCACCCAGAAGGCCCCAGCUAUGAGGCUUGGGGAGGGCAACAAGGGCCACAUUCCUCAUGGUAGUGGGAACAUGGGCACCCACCCAGGGGUACGGACAGGCCUCCCCCACCCUCUUACCCCCCACAGCAGCUCUGAGCCAGGCCGCACCACAGCCUCCUCCAGACCGCCCACCGCAGUCAGCCAGCGCUCCCGCCAAAUCACCCAGGAGGCCCAGAGCGGGAAGCUGAGGCCUGGAGAGCGACCACGGUCAGGCAGCCUGAGACCUGGGAACCCCUUUGAGCCUGACGUCCACCUGCUGGGUCGACCACAGUCAGGGAGUGAGGCGCGGCGCAGCAGUAUCGUUCGCUUUAUGGCAGACAGUGCCCAGGUCGCCGGGGACAACAACCUGGUGCCUGACCAACACCUGGCCCAGAACUUUGGCUUCUCCUUCAUGCCGGAUGGAGGAAUGAACCUCCCUCCUAUCAACGCCAACUCUACUUUCAUCCCCCCUGUUAGCCAGACCAACUCCUCCCGCCCCUCGGCCCUGCUCCCCGUAGAACCGCAGAACACCUUACCCUCCUUCUACCCCUCCUACCCCCCUGCCGCCCACCCCAGCCUGGCCAGCGACAUCCCCAUCCAGUACUUCUCCAACCAGAUGUUCACCAGCCCCAGCGCCGACAAGAGCAGUUCUGCCCCCCUCAACAACCGCUUCGGCUCCAUCCUGUCUCCCCCGCGCUCCGUAGGGUUCGCCCAGGCAACCUUCCCCCUACUCUCAGACAUGCCCCCUAUGCCCAUCAGCAACUCCUCUGGCAUCACCCCACACCUGUCCAACUUCAGCCUCACUUCGCUGUUCCCUGAGAUCGCCACGGCGAUGCAGCCUGAUGGUUCUGUUAUGCCAAUGUCCCCUUUGCUGUCCCUCUCCAACAAUUCCUCUGCAGACUCAGGCAAGCAGCCCAACCGCCUCGCCCACAACAUCAGCCAUAUCCUGGGGCAUGAUGGGAGCUCUGCCGUGUAGGUGAGGGGACUUAAGGUGUUGUCGUGCCAACGUGGCAGUCAGGAAUGUUCUGAUUCCAUUUCAGAUGAAACAUUUAUUGAGUUGUAUUACGUGGAGUAAUGUCAUGCCAUGGCCAAUUGAAUUGACAGGAUUUCAACUCUUCUGUUUGGAUUAAAGCGGGUGGAAGGGCUGGUGAUCUUUUCUGUUGGUCAGCUGAAUGGUAUUUAUGAUAUUAUUUAUGGUUAGUGUUAUACUUUAACUUUCUGUCAGUUCUAUUGAUACCCUAACAUGGCAGCGGAUGCCCUAGUUACUGAAGUCAUAGCAUUUCACUGAUCAGGCACUCCUAUGACUAGGAUGGGGGAAAUUAAGCUUGUAAACCAUAUGGUUUGCAAAUAGGUCUGACGUGACGACUUAUCUGCUCGUAAAAUUAUAUGAAGAGUUUUGUACUUUCAUUGACUAACUUCUAAAAGAGGAUUUAUUUGAAAAACAUGUGCACAAAAUUCUCAAAUUUAAAUUUACUAACUUAAAAUCAGGGUGUACAGUACAGAAUUUAUGAGAUGUUUUGUAAAUAAGUUUCUUAUGAUAAUUGUUACUUUGUGUGUAUCUGUAAAUAAAUAAAGUUGAUUAACAUUUUUUUAAUUGA